GCGGCUCCCGUCGCUGUGGGGCUGGUGCGCCCCCUGGCGGCGCGGGAGGGCAGCGGGGCCGGGGCCGGGGCCGGGACAGCCCGGUUCGAGACCUGCCCGUGCCCCGCCGCACUGCGGGCCGCGCGGAACGGCUGCCCCCUCCCCGCUCUGCCCCGGUGGCUGCCUCUGUCCCGGGAGGGCCGGGGCAGGCCUCGGUCCAUCACUCCGGACCCGGGGAGCCCCCGGCCUUGGCAGCGGGAGAGCGGCCACGCCCCCCGCCCGCCCGGGCACCGCCGGAGGGAGGCUCUGAGCGUGUCCCCCCCAAGCCCGGUCCACCGGUACCGGCCGCUCCCCGAGCCCCGUCGCUGCGCGUUGGGCCGCGGCCGGCCCCGGUUGUGCUGCCGGCCCGGCCCGGCCCGGCCCCUCCAUCCGCCGGGAUGAUCAACGCCAUCCUGGUGUUCAACAACCACGGGAAGCCGCGGCUCGUCCGCUUCUACCAGCACAUGGCAGAGGAGGUCCAGCAGCAGAUUAUCCGAGAGACUUUCCACCUGGUGCUGAAGCGGGAUGACCACAUCUGCAACUUCCUGGAGUGCGGCAGCCUGUUUGGCGGCUCGGACUACAAGCUGAUCUACCGCCACUACGCCACGCUGUACUUCGUCUUCUGCGUGGACUCCUCGGAGAGCGAGCUGGGCAUCCUGGACCUCAUCCAGGUGUUUGUGGAGACACUGGACAAGUGCUUUGAGAAUGUCUGUGAGCUGGACCUCAUCUUCCACAUGGACAAGGUUCACCACAUCUUGCAGGAGGUGGUGAUAGGUGGCAUGGUGCUGGAGACCAACAUGAACGAGAUCGUGGCGCAGGUGGAGGCCCAGAGCAAGCUGGAGAAGGCAGAGGGAGGCCUCUCGGCUGCUCCUUCCCGCGCGGUCUCGGCUGUGAAGAACAUCAACCUGCCAGAGAUCCCUCGCAACAUCAACAUCGGAGACAUCAACAUCAAAGUGCCCAGCCUGUCGCAGUUCAUGUGAGCGUCCCGCGGCGGGGAGGGCUGCCCGCGCACGCGGCCCGUGGCCUGGCCCGGCUGGGGAGAGGAGCUGGGUUCCCCCUGCCCCUUCUGGGUCUCUGCCCGUGCGGCACACGGUGGGCCCGGUGUGCUGCUGGCGCGCCUGGGCUGGCUGGCAGAGGGUAGGGAGCAGCGAUGGGGCUCAGUGAGAACGGGGUGGUGCUGUCCACCUGUAACCGCCUUGGACCUGGGCUUCGUUCUGCUCUCUGGUCUUCCAACAACAAGGGUGGCCUUUCUUCCCCUUCCUCCUCCCUCCCUGUGGAUGCACAGCCCCUCUCCUCGCUGUGAGGAGAAGAGCUGCGUCCUGCCUCUCCCAGCACUUCUUGGGAUUCUGGGUUGUAAAAAUGCACCUGUAGCUGAUGGCUCCUGGAGGAGCUGUAGGUUGUCGUCUCCUCCACCCUCCCUGGGCUGGGCUGUCCCCUGCCCGACAUCCCCCUGCCCGCCCUGGUUCUGCUCGCUGGGUCUGGCACCCCAGCCUGGGAUUGGUACCAGCCCAGUCGGGGUUGCUCGGCAGAGCUGCUGCGAGCUCUGGAGCUGGGUCCAGCGUGGCUGGUACCUGCCAGACCGGGAGACACCGGCAGCGAGAGGGAAGGGAGCUGCCUGCUGCCUCUGCCUGGGCUGGGCAAGCCUGUGUGGAAAGCCACGGCCGGGAAGAGCAGCUGGCCUGCAGGAUCGGGACCUGGCCAGACUGGGGCCUCCUGGAGCAUGUCCUUGUGUCCUAAUAAACCACCGAGUGAAUCUGCA